AUGUCUCAAUUCCGUGCGAAGCGGCUGGACAUUUCCGGUUUUAUCACAUCCAAGGUGAUCCGCGACCAUACAAAGCGGAAAGUCUUCAAAGAAUUUGAACCCGAAAGACAAGCUCUCCGCUAUCUUGUCCGGAAUACCUCUCUUCCUAUGCGUGUCCGCGCCCAAGCACAACUCCAACUCUCACAAAUGCACUGCUAUACUCGACCGACGCAAAUCAAAAACCGAUGUAUUGCUGGUGGAAUAGCGAGGGCAGUAUUUAGGGAUUUCAAACUGGCGAGAUAUCAAUUCAGAGAACAAGCGCUAGCGGGAGAACUUCCGGGAGUCAAAAAGGCAAGCUGGUGA